CACUAUGGUAUUGGGGCCUACAUAGAACUAGAGUGACCCCAGGGCUACGCUAGUUCUUAUAAAUAGAGGACACUCCUCUGCUAAAGAAACACACAGCAACAAACAUCUUCACAAACUAGUAAUAUUAUUCUUCGAAUCCAUUUUAUUAUUCAUAAUGGGUAUUUUCACAUUUGAGGAUGAAACCACCUCCCCUGUGGCUCCUGCUACCCUUUACAAAGCUCUAGUUACAGAUGCCGACAACGUCAUCCCAAAGGCUGUCGAAGCCUUCAGGAGUGUUGAAAACCUUGAGGGGAACGGUGGCCCUGGAACCAUCAAGAAGAUCACUUUCGUUGAGGAUGGAGAAAGCAAGUUUGUGUUGCACAAAAUAGAAUCAGUUGAUGAGGCAAACUUGGGAUACAGCUAUAGCGUAGUUGGUGGAGUUGGGUUGCCAGACACAGUGGAGAAGAUCACAUUCGAAUGCAAAUUGGCUGCUGGCGCCAACGGAGGGUCUGCUGGGAAGCUAACUGUCAAAUACCAAACCAAAGGAGAUGCUCAGCCCAACCCAGACGACCUCAAAAUUGGCAAAGUCAAGUCUGAUGCUCUUUUCAAGGCCGUUGAGGCCUACCUUUUGGCCAAUCCUCAUUACAACUGAUCCAAUUCGAUCUUCAGUAUUCAGUGAUCUGCAAAGACCUUGUUUUAUAUUAUAUACAAGAGUUUUCUUGCCUUGUGUGGAGUGUUAUUCAAUCACUUUGAGUGUGUGGUGUGGCUUCCAAUUGAUGUAACGAGUGUUUCCUUUCUUAUUUCCUUUUUCCACAGAAUUGUGAGAGCCAGUUGAUGUCUUUGUAUGUCACUUCAUCAAUAAAUCAAUAUGUUAUAAUAAUAAAAGAAAGCAUCAUUUAUACUU